CCUGCAGUGGUAUUGGAGAUUCUGUCCCGCUUGGCCAAGUGUUUGCUCAGUAUAUCUGUCUGUGUUCAAAUCUAUUCUCUGUAAUCAAGCACAAGUCAUUUGGUAAAAAUACAUGUUGAAGGAGGAUGAGGUAAAAUUCAAGAUAUAGGGAAUGAUUAACAGCUUGUGCGUGUGUGAUGUUGGUCAAGGGUGUUUUUGGUGUCAUGGAUGACUUUCCAUGAACAUGCACACACUGAUGAACAUUCACCGGACUGAGGGUGUGAUAAAACGUGACCGUUCCCCGUGGAGACACACGGUGACAACCUGUGCUCUGACGCAACGUUCAAGGAAAGGAAGGAAUCUCAACAUGCACACGCAGUCAUACUACACACGCGAUAAAUGUGCGAGGGCAACACCCAGCCUCUCCCCGCCACGCGCCGCCUGAAGAUGGCGCUGCAUGUCUUCGUAUGAUGGUGGGUGCUGCCACAGAGGGCUGCGCGCGUGCACGGGCGCGCGCACGCGGAAAGGGGGAAGACAGAGGCGCUCGUCUGCCUCCUCUCCGGUGGUGCUGCCUCCCCGCCGUCGCAGUGCUUUCGCCGCUCUCCUCCGCUCUCUGCCUCCCUUUCUCUCUCGCUUUCGUGCCCAGCGCCUCGCCUCGCCGCACAUCGCCUCUUCCUCCUCCUCCUCCUCCUCCUCUUCCUUAUCCCCUUUCAUCUCUCUUCCACUCCCGACUCGCAUGCCCCAGACUCGCACCCCUGCCCAAGCAUCCCGACAAAUGGUCGCUCCAUCCGUAGCAACUCCGGACUCAGGACACAGCGGAAAGGCGCAAGGCUCCGUUGCUUUCUGAUCCGAACACACUGCGGACUGGACUCGGGAGGAGAGGCGGACCACGCACGGGGAAGAGACACGAGGAGGACGCCGGUCGCUGACAGUGGCCAGGAUCUAAUUUCGCAAUGCCGGUGCCCGAUCAGCCAGCAGAGCAGGAGAAGGGGGCCAUGGUUCCCCCUGUGAUGCCAUCGUCCAACGGCGACAGAUCUGAGCCGGAGACAACCUCUUCAAUCCUCGCCUCUGUCAAAGAGCAGGAGCUUCAGUUUGAACGGCUGACCAGGGAACUUGAGGCUGAGCGUCAGAUCGUUGCCACCCAGCUGGAGAGAUGCAAACUUGGAUCAGAGGCAGGCAGCAUGAGCAGCAUCAGUUCGACGGAUGAGCAAUUUCGCUGGAACACUCAAGCGGACGGACAGAAGGAUAUCGAGGAUGAGUUGACCACGGGUUUGGAGUUGGUGGAUUCCUGCAUUCGCUCCCUUCAGGAAUCAGGGAUACUGGACAGUGGAGAACGACCCGCUCUCCUUUCCCAGAGUUCCUUGCAGCUCAACUCCACCCCGGAGGCUUCGCUCCAGUACUCUGCCAGCUACCAUAGCAACCAGACCCUCGCCCUUAGCGACAGCAUCUCCGCAGCAACUCCGCAGCGCAGCGGGCAGGUUGGAGGAGCUGUGCACAGCUACAACCAGGUGACAUCGAGCCGUGCCGCCCAUCAUCAGCAAUCACAAAGCGGGGCGGGAUCAGGUAUCUACUACUCCAGCUCCACCUUGCCCGCCCAGCGUGUCAGUUCUCCUCUGUCUGGAGGAAGAGGAGGCUCAGGGUCCAGUUCCCCCAGUAAGCUUCAGCGCCUGGGAUCAGCCUCCGAUGCGCCUGGGUACGCCACCACUGAACGCCUGCCUUCCUCCUCCUCUCCCAACAAACAGUCUACCGCUAAUCGACUGGCCAAGUCUUUCAGCACCACUGUUGCCGUGACAACAGCAGGAGGGGCCGGGUCCCCCCUGAGGGUGGCAUCUCCACCCAACUCUACAGCAUCGGGGGGAGGGGCCAGCUCAUCAUCAUCGCCUCUUCACCAGAUGAGUUCAGGCAUAGGGAGCUAUGCAACUCUGUCUCCCAAAAGACUGGCAUCUCACCACGCCUCCGACCAGUACAAGAUCUCCCACGAGCUCUACGCUACAGCUACGCUGCAGAGACCUGGCAGUCUAGCAGGCUCUCGUGGCUCCUACAGUAGUCAGCAUAGUCAGGAGCCCCUUCGGCCCUUGGGGUCCCCAGAGCACCACAUAGAUCCCAUCUAUGAAGAACGUGUCUAUCACAACAAGGGCCCCAUGAGGAGCCUCAGCCAGAGCCAAGGGCCGGACACAGGCCCCUAUCGCAACAACACCGCUCCCUCCUCCCCUGGUGUCGACUCCGCCCCUUUGCAGCGCACAGCCAGUCACAGCACCGGGACAGGAAACUACAGCCGUGGUGGGACCAACAACUAUGCCACAGUGGGCCCGGGCUACACCUCAAGCAAUGUCGGCGACGUGUACGGCUCAGACCCAUAUGUGGCCGACCCCUACCGCACCCUGCAGUACUGCCCCUCGGUGGUGGAUUCACCCUACAGCAAGUCUGGACCAGCCCUACCGCCCGAAGGCAGCAUGCAGCGCUCACCUUCCAUCGACUCUAUUCAGAAGGACCCAAGAGAAUUCGGAUGGAGAGAUCCGGAGCUGCCAGAGGUGAUCCAGAUGUUACAGCACCAGUUCCCAUCGGUGCAGUCCAAUGCAGCAGCCUACCUACAGCACCUCUGCUUCGGAGACAACAAGAUCAAAGCUGAGAUCCGUAGACAGGGAGGCAUUCAGUUGCUGGUGGACCUCCUGGACCACAGGAUGAGCGAGGUGCACCGCAGCGCCUGCGGAGCCCUGAGGAACCUUGUGUAUGGCAAAGCCAACGACGAGAACAAAAUAGCUCUGAAGAACUGCGGGGGGAUUCCUGCACUGGUCCGCCUGCUGAGGAAGACUGGAGACGUGGAGAUCAGAGAGCUGGUAACAGGUGUUCUAUGGAACCUCUCAUCAUGUGAUGCUCUGAAGAUGCCAAUCAUUCAGGACGCCCUGGCCGUUCUUACCAACAGUGUCAUCAUACCGCACUCUAGCUGGGACUCCUCCCCCAAUCACCAUGAUGACAGCAAGCACCACCUCCACACCUCGCAGGUGCUGCGAAACGCUACCGGCUGCCUCAGGAAUGUAAGCUCUGCAGGUGAGGAGGCAAGACGAAGGAUGAGGGAGUGUGACGGCCUGACAGAUGCUCUGCUCUACGUCAUUCAGACCUCGCUGGGCAGCGGCGAGAUCGACAGCAAGACCGUAGAGAACUGCGUUUGCAUUCUGAGGAACCUGUCGUACCGCUUGGCUGCCGAGACGUCCCACGGCCAGCAGGGGGGCUUGGAGGAGCUGGACAGCCUGCUUUGGGAUGCCAACGGUCGCGAUGGCGAGAGCUCCGGAUGCUGGGGCAAGAAGAAGAAGAAAAAGAAGGGGGUUGACCAGUGGGAUGGCGUGGGCCCGUUUCCAGACACAGCGCAGCCUCCAAAAGGGGUUCAGAUGCUGUGGCACCCGACCAUCGUGAAGCCCUACCUCACCCUGCUGUCUGAAUGCUCAAAUCCCGACACGCUGGAGGGGGCAGCCGGGGCUCUGCAGAACCUGGCUGCAGGCAGUUGGAAGUGGUCGGUGUACAUCCGGGCUGCUGUGCGCAAAGAGAAAGGCCUUCCCAUCCUGGUGGAGCUACUGAGGAUAGACAAUGACAAGGUUGUGUGUGCCGUGGCCACCGCGCUCAGAAAUAUGGCCCUGGACAUCAGGAACAAGGAGCUCAUUGGUAAAUAUGCCAUGAGAGAUCUGAUCUAUCGGUUACCAGGCGGUAGCAGUAGCAGCAACAAUAACGCCACCAGCAGUGGGAUCUCUGGAACCACAGGCCCUCCCAGCAAGGCCAUGUCGGACGACACGGUAACUGCCAUCUGCUGCGCGCUGCAUGAAGUCAUCACCAAGAACAUGGAGAAUGCCAAAGCUCUGCGCGAUGCCGGCGGCAUCGAAAAACUCAUCGGCAUCGCCCGCAGCAAAGGAGACAAACACUCAGCGAAGGUGGUGAAGGCAGCCUCUCAGGUCCUCAGCAGUAUGUGGCAGUACAGAGACCUACGCUCCCUCUACAAGAAGGAUGGAUACUCCCAGUAUCACUUCGUAGGCUCGGCCUCAACGAUAGAGCGAGACAGACAGAGGCCCUACUCUUCCUCCCGAACUCCGUCCGUCUCCCCCGUCAGGACGUCCCCAAAUAACCGCUCAGCGAGCGCACCAGCCUCCCCCAGAGAGAUGAUGUGUCUGAAGGAACGUAAGAUGGACUACGAUUCCACGGCAACCAACGCUGGUUUCCAUAGCAACAAAGGCGAGCACACAUCCCGGAAAGACGGCAUGGCAGUUCAAGUAUCAUGUGGGACGUCUACAUUGUUCCGUAACUCUUACCUGACUGCCACUGAUGAUAUCAAGCAAAACCAGAUUCCAGCCCAGCCCUGCGUUGUGCCCCCCCAGCCCCAGCAGGACAGCCCGUCAGCAGCCGUGCUAAAAGACUACGACCACUACCCCGCCCCUCCUUCCUUCCCGCAGCCGCCGCAGCCUCCACCUCACAGCCAGAGCCGGAGCUUCGACGAGGCCUACUACGAGGACCAGGGGCCGCCGCCUCCUCCGUCCCAGCCACAGCCGCAGGUACAAGUGCAAGUUCAGGCCCAGCCUCAGGCCCAACCCCAGCAGCCGCCGAGUUCAACCGGGCCGCCCCGGGACCCGCGGGAAGACCUGCGCAUGCAUCUGGGCCUCAAAUCCACUGGCAACUACGUGGACUUCUACUCAGCCUCUCGACCGUACAGCGAACUGAACUAUGAGACCAGCCACUACCCAGCCUCGCCUGACUCCUGGGUCUAGUCAGACAAUAAUGGGGGAGGGGGACAAGAGAGAGUCAGUGUAUGCUUGAGUGAAAGGGAUUAUUUUUUACAAGCGAUCAGCAGCAGAUGAACCGAAAGUGACAGCGAGGGCGUUUUGAAAAGGUAUCUUGUGGCCCAAGGCAGGAAAUUAGUGCUCCUUUUAAAAUAAGGUGAAAGACCGAUUUGGGAAAGGAGUGAAGUCAGGUGGAGUGACAAUGAGAGUCUGUGCAUGUGCAUGCCAACAUUUUCCUUUUCUUUUUAAGACCACUUUAUUUCUUCAAAGUCAGCUCCAUUGUAACGUUGAGUGGAUAAGGAGCAGGUGGGAGUAGAUAUGAAGUGUGGUGGAAGUGUGAGAGACAUGUGGGCCGGGGAGUACAGAGAGAAAACGACCAGGCACAGAGUGUACACCGAGGCCUGGAGAGGAGGACAGAAAAAGGGACGGAGAAAUAAUUGGAAGCAGAUGACUCUAUAGAAGUGUGAAGACCAUUUUGAUAAAGAUAGAGGGAGGCAGAGAGGUGAAGCAACGAUGGCAUCAGGGUUCUCGAGGAGGUCCGGCAAAGAAUAUAAGCACAGAGGAAGAUGAAAGCACAUAAGACAUAAGACAAGUUGUGGAUGUUUACCAUUUCAUCCGAGUGACAAAACGUAGCACUGCUUUUAUCCCCCUGUCUUUUUGUUCCGAUGGCCUUGCUGCCUACAGAGACGUCUGAAUUUGUUUUCAAGGAAUGUCAUCUUCAAGAGACUUCUUUUAUCACAUCGUUCUUUUACAUGUUUUUUUAUUUGUACUUUUUCUAAAUUUUCACUUAAAAAAAUAUAGCGUUUUUAUUUCCUGACUAAAAUUCCAAGGUGAUAUAGUGUGUAUAUUACACGUUUCUGAUGAAAAUAAGAUUUUGUUUUCCUUGACACAAACAACAAAAAGCUACAAAAUUGGAGUCAACUGCAAAAGCAGAAAACACAGAAGUCGUCAGGAUGGAUCGCCAGUGGAUACCUUUGCUUUUGGCCCUUUCCGAGCCCGAGAGGAAGCAUGGCAGUAAUCGUGUUUCUCUCUCUCUCCAUCAAGUUAAUUUUGAUUGUUGUGGACGUGCUCAAAACGUCAAAAGCAGUUCUAGGUUGCCAGAGCACCAGACAGGCAGAGCAGCGACGCUCCCAGUCGACACAAGUUCUUUUUCACUGCCUCAAGAAAAUACGUGUCCAGAGCCCUUUGGAAAGGGUCGUCUUUUCCUUUUUUGGGGAUUUAUUGGACAGUGUAAAUUUUCAGCGGUUUCUCACCGACAGUAAAAAAACAUAGGAACUCAUCCGUCCAACAAGAGCCACCAUAGAAAUGUACAUGUCCUUGUACAGUAGAGAAAGACUGAGAGAGACGUGACAUUGUGCCAAACUUUGACACCUCCUGUGCACCCGUCCUGUGAGAAUUUAAAAGGGACAUUCUGUCAAAGUUUACAGGCAAUGACUCGCUCUGCUGUUUGUAACUUUUAUUUUCUUGUGUUGAUCAGGUGAGAACAUAACUUAUUACUGGGGAUCAUGGGUAACAUCUCCCUCCCAUAGAUGUACAGACCUGCCUCUCUGUGUUUGCUGAGCAUGUGUGGGCGCGUGGACACGUGUGUGUGUGUGUGUGUGUGUGUGUGUGUGUGUGUGUGUGGGUGUGUGUGACCGUAUGUGUGGCCCAUGUGUGUACACGUAAACUUGAGCGAGCGUAUCUAUGCAUGCAUGUGUGUAGUAGUGUGCGUAUGCCUCCGUUGCGUGUAUGUGCGUUCCUGUACAAAUCAGUGUCCGAACACGGCAUUCCUACCGAAAGUUUGUCCAGUUUUACAACCAUGAAAAACCAAGGUAAAAAUCACUAGAAUGAAGUGUUGAUAUAGAAUGACAAAUGUAUAAAUCUAUGAAUAUAAAUAUAAAUAUAUAUAUAAUUUUUAUGUGCAGAUGUCAUUGUCACUCAAUGCAACAAAUGUUCGCGGAGAAAAAAAAAAGAUUAUGUGGUGUGCAACAGGUUCACUUUGACCUAAACGUGGAAACUGCUGAUCCCCCCCCUCCCCUUCUACAACCCCCCACCCCGAACCCCCACCCCUCAAUCGAGACAAAAGACAAAUCCCACCUGAGGAUUGCUCAGGCUCUGGUGCGAGUUGUGUGUUGUUGUGUGUCCAUGCUUCUUAGAUGACUGUGCUGAGAGAGGACCGUACUUGAACACAAGGAUAAAUAAAGACUCUUUGCAAUCAAA